CACGCAUGGUGUCGGACCUGUUCCACCUCAUCUCGACACCUUGUUCGUUCACUCCCCUCCUCCGGGCGAUAGUGUUAUCCUUCCCAAUCCUUGGGUACCUACACUGUACCCGCCUAGUCGAAAGUCGUAGGGCAAACCGGCCUUAAGGUUGCAGAGUGUAAGCGGUUAGGCCAGCAACCCCCCCGGCCUCCCUCUCUGGAAGGGCUCUCCAAUGGCCACUCGUGCGGUCACUAGGGCGCUCGCCUUCUCACUCUUUGUCCUCGCUCUGAACACGGGUUACGUGGCUUCGCGCAAUCUGAUACCAGAGGCGGCGCUGUCAGAUUAUGCCACCCGUCACCAGGGGAUCAUUGCCGACACUCCGACGCGUUCGGGUUCUCAGACAGAUGCAGAUCAAGGCGGACGACAACGGCCUCUGGAAUGUUUUCAAGUCGCGCAGCCAGUGCUGGGACCCCGUGGCCCUAUUUACCAAGAGGUAGCCCGCGGGAGCCUUGUGGGGGGGGAUGGUGGUGGCGGCGACGACAAGGGCAAACCGCCGGCGGACAGCAAAGAAUGUCGGGUGCAGCUCAUGGACCACUCGUUUGGUACCAGCUUCGACAAGCCUUUCGUUGGCGAGUACGCACCUCCCGGCUGCGACUUCAACCGCGUCAUUGUAAACUUUACUGCCACGUCUGCAGGCCGCCAGCUGGACCGGCUGGCCUUGUGGUAUCUCGGUGACACGGAGGUGUGGAGAACAUCCACAGCGGAGCCCAGAGCGGCGCCCGGCAUCAUCUGGACCUAUUGGAAGGACAUGACACCGUACCUUAGCCUCUGGAAAUCUCCUCAAAAGAUUAUCUUUGACCUGCCCAACCUCAUCGGUAAGAUAUUCUCAAGUCAUGGCCCUAAUCCAACCACCACAACCACAACCAUUCUACCUAACGAUAGAUAUACGGGUCCCUUCAACUGCACCCUGACGGCAACCUUCUUCAGGACCGACGUGGAGAUCGACAGUACACCACCCGCUGACCUCAUCAUCCCCAUAUCGUCGCGGAAUGCAUCCUCCAACACGGGGAGUGCCUGGCAAGUGCCGGAGCGUGAGGCCGUCAGCACCGUCCAUUUUCCGCGCAAUGCCAAUCGAGCAGUCUUCUCCGUCUCGGCCAACGGCCAAGGCACCGAGGAGUUCUGGUGGAGUAACGUGCUCGAGAGCGAUGCCGCCGCCUUCAACGCCACCGUCGGCAUGGCCCCCGCCGGAAGCCCCUGGCGCGAGGUUCAGGUCAUCAUCGACGACCAGCUCGCCGGAGUCCAGUGGCCCUUUCCUGUCAUUUUCACCGGGGGUAUCGUGCCCAGCUUCCACCGGCCGCUCGUCGGCCUGGACGCCUACGAUCUGCGGGAACACGAGAUUGACAUCUCCCCCUGGCUCCCGGUUCUGAGCGACGGCAAGGAGCACACCUUCAAGAUUAAGGUCGCUGGCAUUGCCGACCAGGGAGAUCGUGUGGUUGUUAAUACCACCGUCGGUAAUUACUGGGUUGUGUCGGGCAAGGUCUUUGUCUGGCUCGACGACGAGGGUUCCGUCACGACUGGUAAGCCGCCCACGGUCUCCGUCCGCGACCCCGAGAUCCGGAUAUCGGGUCGCGCCGUCGGGAAGAACGCGACCGGCGCCAAUGAGACGCUCGUCUUCAACCUCGACGUGACGCGCUCCAUAUCGGUCAAGGGCGAGGUGGUCUCUAAAAAGGGGACCAAGAGGCCCGAGUGGACCCAGAACCUGUCGUACAGCAACAAGGCAUCGCUGGGCCAGUUCGGCCGCAACGGCUUCAACAACUUCGUCAUCGCGGGCACCGACGCGCUGCUCAACGGGCUGGUCAGGUACCAGUCGACGUACUCGUACCCGCUGAUCGUCAACCAGACCGCGAACAUGACGGCGGCCGGCGACCUCAGCCUGGACGCCACGCUCUUCCAGGAGCUCAGGCUGGAGGUCGAGGGCGCAGGUGUGUACCCGACGGGCCUAGAGGCCUACAACGCGCCGAACCGCGGCAGGCAGGGGCAGGGUAGGCGGUACAGCGUGUCAAAGCUGUCGACAUUUCGCAACGGCACGGCCGUUUUCAACAUGCCGGCCGACAUGAAAAGCAGUUCUGCGACUGGCACGACACGGCAGGUGUUCCGGUUCAGCGGUGGUCGGGACGGGGCACGUGAUGUCGAGUUGUACAUGAGGAGUGUAAAGGCCAGCAACAACACGGUGGUGUCGGACGAAGAAAGGUCUGCCGAUGGCCGGGGGAGAGUUUCGUCCGUCCCAAGCCUUUCAGGAGGCGCCACUUAAGCC